ACCUCUAAACUUUUUAACGUUUAAUUUCUUUUCUCUAACAAAAGUAGCAUGUAAUAAAAAAAUUAUUCCGAAUAAUAUAUUGAAUUUCAGUGUAUUUUAAAUCAAAUAGAAAGUACAGGAUCACAGCUUUAAUAGUGUUUAGAUUAGAAGUUGUGAAACGUUUUGUUCAUAUCGAAAAUAUUGAUUUAAUCAAUUAUCAAUUACUGAGCGGUCGUUAAUCUUCUAUAGGUGCCUAAGACCGCUGAACAAUGAAAAUUUAAAUUUAAUUUCAAAAAAUUAUUUUCUCUUUUUAUUUAUUCCACUGUCGUUUUGAAAGAGAUUUUACACGGUUCAAAGAAUAUUCUUGAAAAGAGGGUUGCAUUCGACAGUGAUUGAUCCAUCAUUCAGCAACAAUGAAUGCAACCGAUUUAGUAAGUUCGUCAAACGUCCAAUGGAUCUAAUGAAAAUUCUAUUGCUAAUAACAAAAUCAGUGAUCUUAUUUGUAGGGUUAUACACAAAAUUAUUUGGGCCUGGAGUAUUUCAUAUGCUUUUCUGAUGGCUAUGUACAAAUAUCACUCUAGGUCUUAUUAAAACUUAACUAAUAUAAUUAAAAACUAGUUUGUAAAAAAGAUUAGAGCUUACUGCUUUAACUAAUAAAAAUAUAAUUUAGAGUUCAAUUUUUAAUAACGAUAACUUAUCAAUAUGAAAAUUUUGAUAAGUUUAUUUCAAUUGAUAUUGUUGUUUCUACCGUUCGUAUUACCUGCAAAUCCAAAUUGGAUGUAUUUAGGAGUAAUUGGUAUACCACCUCCCUUGCAACAACAGCAAGCAUCACCAGGAGCUGAAUACGAAGAUCCAAUAAAAAUACAAGCAAGUGCAGUAUGUGGUUCAUUACCAGGACUAGCAUCAAAACAAAUAAACCUUUGUAUGAAACAUCCAAGUGCUAUUUAUUCAGUGUCUGAAGGAGCAAAAAAAGCUAUUGAACAGUGUCAAUUUCAAUUUCGUGAUGAAAGAUGGAAUUGUUCUAUUUUAGAAGAUGAACAAAGUGUAUUUGGACCAACACUAGACAGGGGAAGUAAAGAAACAGCUUUCAUAUAUGCAAUAACAAGUGCGGGUGUAGUAUUUUCUAUAACUAAUGCUUGUAGUUUAGGUAGAUUUACUGAAUGUAGUUGUGAUUCGAUGCAACAUGGACAAACUACUCCAGAAGGUUGGAAAUGGGGUGGAUGUAGUGAUAACUUAGGAUUUGGAUUGAAAUUUUCACGUAAGUUUGUAGAUAGUUCAGAACCAGAACGUCCAAACAAUUUCAAAACCACUAAACAAAAAAAAAUGUGGUCAAAUAGAUUUAAAAUGAAUUUACAUAACAAUGAAGUUGGAAGACAAACUGUAAUAUCAUUAAUGAAAAUACAUUGUCGUUGUCAUGGUGUAUCAGGUUCAUGUGAGCUAAAAACUUGUUGGAAAUUCAUGCCUUCAUUUAAUGAAAUUGGUAAUGUUUUGAAAAAGAAAUAUGGAAAAGCUAUUUUUAUAAAUCACUUAAUAAAUGAACCUACAAAGAACUCAUCAAUGAUAAUUCAUAAUAAAAGAGAUACACGACAAAAUAAAACUAAAAGACUAUUAUUAGCCCAAUCAAAUGAGUUAGUUCAUAUUCAAAAAUCACCAAACUAUUGCAAACAAGAUACAUUAAAAGGAGUUUUGGGUACAGAAGGUCGAAAGUGUAAUAGCACAUCAAUCGGACCAGACUCUUGUAAUAAAUUGUGUUGCGGCCGUGGAUAUAUAACUAGGAUAGUAAAGCAAGAUGAGCUUUGCAAUUGUAAAUUUGUUUGGUGUUGUUAUGUCAAGUGUGAUACUUGCUACAAACAUGUUGAACAAAAAACAUGUAAAUAGAUACAACUACAUUUUUUAUAUCAAGUGCUUAAAUAUUUUGUUUGAGAUUCUAAUCUGCUAUGGUUUUUCCAGUGGUAAAAGUACAAUAGACUUUUUGUAUACAUAUCAUUAAACGCAUGCAGUAAUCUUUACUCUAAUUAAAUUCUAGUCACCUUUUUUUUAUUAAAUAUAAGUCUUCCAUAAUUGACCAUUAUUGUUAGCUCAUAUGUAAUAAAUAGGAACAAUAGACAUGUUUAAAUUAUUUUAUGUUAUAUAUAUACUUAAAAAAAAAUUAUCUCUUUUAAUAGAUAUGCAUUAUUAAGAUAUCAUAGUAAAAUUGCUUCUUAAUAUAAUUUAUUCAAAUUACAUAUAUAAUG